AAAUUAUUCUGGAUUUCAUUUUAUUUUUUGAACCUUGAUUGAAAUGAUUUAGCAGUUAUUAGACCGCAACAGUUUUUUGAUCGUUAGAUUAUUGAGUUUAGCACAGGACAUAAUUGUGACUGUGUUUUCAUUUUGUAGACUAUUGUUUUUGUAAUGUUUUUAUUUGUUGAACUUCUCUGCGAGUAAGAUUUUCAUCGAAGGUAGUGCCUAAGAUGUCUUAUUAUCACUUUUACUCAGUACUUUGUUUAUUAUCUAUUGUUCUCGUGACUGUCACAAGUAGUUCUACGAACUUGUCUCCUGUAUUUUGGAUUCCAUCAGGCCAAUCGCACAAUAGGGUUGUAAGAUCUCCUUACACUACACACAGCACUUUGUUGUCAAAUAUUAAAUGUAAGGACGAUUUAAGAAGAUUAUGUCCCAAUUUAAACAGUAACAAUGACGACUUGACUGUCCUGGAAUGUAUUCAAACAGCUAAGGGUGAUGCAAUAGCAACGAUAAGUAAAGACUGUCAUCACGAACUUUGGACAGUGACAAAUAAUCUUAUGAACAAUGACCAACUCAAGAUUAUUAUCACACCAGCAUGUCAAAGCGAUUGGAAAAGUGAAUGGGAUAAAGGCAAUCUUUUGAUAAAUGUACUCGAUAAUGUAAAUAAUAUAAAGAGCCCAGAAUGCCGUAUUUUACUACAAAGAAUUGGACUUGUGGCAUUCAGUGACUUCAGGAUAAUCGGUCACUUUACAAACAGCUGUGAAGAAGAUAUACAGAGGUUUCAAUGCGGAAGAAUAGGACUAGACAAAAUGAUGUUAUCCCAAGGAUUGACCCUGAUGUGUCUUCAGCAGCAUUUAGAAGAUGGUUUGGCUGCAGAGUGCAAAACGCAAGUUCUGCACUUGUCACAAGUUCAGGCGGACAAUAUAAAAUUUGAUCGUCAGCUUUAUUUAGCAUGCAAUGUGGAACUUAACAAGUUCUGUCCGACAGUAACAAUAGGUCUAGGUCAAGCGUAUGAGUGUCUGAUGCAACAUAAGUUCGACACACUUAUAUCCCAACCGUGUCAAGACCAAUUGUUGAGGCACCAGAAGAUUAUUGUACAAGACUUCUCAGUCAGUAAAGGUUUGGCUCGAGCUUGCAAGGAGGACAUAAGGAACUACCGUUGUCGCCGCCUUGUGUCCGAUGAUAAAGGCGUCCGUCUUGCCCAGAUUCUCCUGUGUUUGGAAAACGCUAUUAAGAAUGGAUCCAAGGUAGCCUGGGACUGCCACAAAGAGAUGGUGGAGCACCGUCGCAUGUUACUUGAAGACUUCCGUCUCUCCCCGGAGAUUGUGUCUCACUGCUCCAACGACAUUGCGGAGUACUGCAACGGUCUGGAGGCUGGGGGUCGCACCAUUCACUGUCUCAUGGACCACUCACGACCCAAGCGACGCAAGGAGCGAGUCUCUCCGCCGUGCCUUAGAGCGCUGGAAGAUCUGGUUGAAAAAACAGAUAUUGGUGAAGAUUGGAGAGUGGAUCCAUACUUGAAGGAAGCUUGCAAACCUGUUGUUGACAAAACAUGUCAGGAUGUUAGAGGAGGAGAUGCAAGAGUCAUCAACUGUCUGAUGGAGAAGCUGGGCAGUCCGGUGAUGACGGAGGACUGUGAGGAAGCUUUGCUGCAGAUCCAAUACUUUGUGUCACGUGACUACAGGCUAGACCCCCAGCUGUUCAGAGCGUGUCACGCGGAGGCUGUGAAGCUGUGUCACGCACGUCGCGCCUGGCACAGCGAGACCUCCAUGAACCCUGACUCAGGUCCUCUAGUGCUGCCUUGUCUAUUCAGAUACAUCUACUACAGUGAGGAUAAACAUUAUACGUUGUCGACCAAGUGCAGUGACGAGGUGCGCCGCGUGAUGAGACAACGUGCGAUGAGUGUGGAGCUACAGCCUGAGGUGGAGUAUGAGUGUCUCAACGACCUCGCACGCUACUGUAUACAUGAGCAGGAGCCUGCUAAGGGGGAGGAGAUGUUGUGUCUGCAGGACCACAUGGAGAGUUUGGAAGAGAACUGCAAAAAAGUGAUUCACAAUUUUACAGAAAUACAAUCUGAGAACUUGGAGCUGAAUCCUCUGAUUAUGACUCACUGUAGAGCCAUCAUGAGUCAUCAUUGUGAGGCGGAGCUACAAUCGGCCAACGCUGGUGAUAUGAUGGAGUGCCUGAUAGAGCACAAGAACGAGCCUGACGUACGCAGCAACUACAAGUGUCGCUCAUCCAUCGAACACCAUCAGCUGAUCUCCCUCAGUGACUACCACUUCACCGUCAAGUUCAAGGAGGCUUGUCGUAUCCAUGUCGCACGUUACUGUCCGUCUGCUCGGACUAAGGCUAAGGUGGUGGAGUGCCUCAGUGAGAUAGUGCGUAACGACACCAUCUCAGACUCACGCCACAGAGUACCUCGGGACUGUAGACAACAGCUGAAGACACAACUAUUGCAGCAGAGAGAGAACAUUGACCUGGACCCCAAACUGAGGGAGAUGUGUGGCAGUGACAUAGAGAAGCUCUGUGGACAUGUCAAACAUGAGAACGCUCAGGUUUUGGAAUGCUUGGAGGAAAAGAAGAAGAACUUGAGUGCCAGUUGUCAUAGGCGCAUAUUCAACAUCGAGUUGCAAGAUUUCACGGACAGCUCCACUGACUAUACCCUGCUGACGUCCUGCAAGCCGAUGAUGAGACUUUAUUGCCAGCAAUACGACAAGUCACAGGCCCUCUCUUGUCUUAAGAAACACAAAGACGAAGGAGGGUUUGACAGCAAGUGCCGGCUGGUGGUGAUGAGACGGAUGAUAGAGCAGUCAACAGACUACAGGUUCAAUCCCCUGCUGGCCGUCGGUUGCCGCAUGGACAUAGACAAGUUCUGUCACGCUGUAGUGGAUCAUCAACCCAGGGACCAGGAGCUUCAGGGAAAAGUCAUCAAGUGUCUUAAGGCAAAGUUCAGAGAAGGUAAGCUGCGCAACGAGUGUGAGGCUCAGAUGGCCAAUGUCCUACGUGAGGCUGCACUUGACUACAAACUGAACCCAUUGUUGAAAACUCUGUGUCAAGACGAGAUCAACAAGCUGUGUUAUGACAAGGACGAUGGAAAGGGAGGUACAGAAGAGUGUCUGAAGGUAGCACUACUUAGAGGCCACAUCAGCAGUAGGGCCUGCAAACUGGAAGUGGCUGGCCUCAUAGAGGAGGCCAAGGCGGACAUACACGUAGACCCUCUGUUGCACAAGGCCUGCAGUCUUGACCUCAACAAGUUCUGCUUCGACGUGGAACAAGGCGCAGGCAGACAAAUCCAGUGUUUACUGAAUGUUAUGGCCCAGCACAAAUAUUUGCAGUCAGAGUGUGAAAAAAUGUUACAUCAAAGAAUGGAAAUGUUCAAGAAUGCUGAUGCCCAGAUUGGUGCUCAGCCUCAAAACGUUGGUGAUUUGAUUGUGCAAGUGUCAAAUUCACCAUCGAGACGCUACUUUAUCCUAGUGACGCUCACUUUUGUGGGGAUGGUCUUCAUCAUAGGAAUGUUCUUUGGAAGAGUUACAAGAAGAACAAUAAUGAAGAACAAGUGAUGUCCUAAAAUGUCCACCAUGUCUGUUUCUUGGAAUGGUGAUCAUGUCCUAAAAAUAUGACCAAAUUCUGUAAUUUAUUUUGCAGAUUUUAGGUAAAGUUUUAUUUUAAUGUACAUAGUUAUCUUAUUAGCUCAGGAGAUGUACUCAUAGAGGUCUAACAGAUGGUUUAUUGUAUAGAAAUGAUUAUAUAUAUGUUAGCUUUUGAACAGAAUCAAACUAAUUAUUAAGAUUAAGGUAUACUAUGGCGUUUAAACUUGUGUAUUUUAUUGUAGCUUUUUCAUUAUUACUAUACAUAUUGAUUAACUGUUGGUGUAGAUUUGAUAUUAAUGACAUAUUGAAUUUAUUUGUAUCAUUCAUGAAUAA